CUUUACGUAAAACCAGGCGAAAAUGACGAGUCUCGGCGGAACUGCAGAUGCUCAUUGGAAUCAUGUAAAUAUUGUGGGCACUUUUCAUUUGGGAAGACCAGGAGCCUGUUAAGAGAUCGCGAUGUCUAUACUGACUAGUGGACAGUCACUUUUAGUGUGUUUAAUAGCACUAUGUUUUAUCCAUGUUACAGAUACGCAUAUUCCUCCAGUAAGGCAAACGAACCUUCCAGUAACAAACAGCGGUUCGGUUGGAACAGUUCGUGACCUUUUGACGGCAGACCAACUGAGGAGUAUACGAACAAGGUGGACAGCAAAAGGUUUAAAUCCUUCCCGUUUGGAAUCUAUGCUCCGUAGCAACAGUCGCGAUUUUAUAACACAACAUAACCAAAGAGCGACUGCAGCUGCAUCACUUGGUCCUAGAACGGAUCCACGUACCAGUGAUCCAGUUCAGCCACGACGAGGAAGAUCCAGAUUACAACGCCUUCGUCCUCGGGAUCCUAUCGGUUUAAGAGGUAGUAUCAAUGGAGACAGACGAAAUGGACAACUUGUCAAUCCAAAUGGUCUAGCAGGCCGAAAUAUUGAACGAACUGGUCAUGAAGGGCAUAAUCAUGGCAGUAUUGGACAAAAUAGAAUAGCAUCUCGCAGAGAUCGACGAAACAGGCGCGGUCGACAACCUAAUGGUGUCGGUGGAGGUCAGCAAGACAUGCGCACUGGUGUUCAGGAAAGGAUACCUCUAGGAGAGUUAGGAAUAUCUGGUGGAGAACCUGAUGUCGGUUUAGAGCAGAGUAUAACAGAUGCAGAGCUACGUUUGCUUCGUAGAGAACCGAAUGGGGUCGGUGUUGAAGGUAUAGCAACUGGUGGAGUUCGGCAAGAAAGAAUCCGUAAUAGAAAUAACCGACAAGAUCGUACACGGAUCGAUCCUUUAGGUAGACCUAUAGAUAUGACCAGGGUAUUAACAGAUGGAAUUCAGACACGGGGUAGAAACCAAAACGGACGGAGAAUUGACGGACAUGAACACGGACAUGAACACGGACACGGAAACGGACACGUUGACAACAGACAGCAUCGCCAAUCCAGACUUGGUGAUAUUCCUGUUGAUCUAGUGAAUCGACGAAGAGGUGGAGUAGAAAGGCUCGAUGGAACCCGUGAACGGGAAGGUCUUAUCAGACUACGGGCUAGAAACAAUGCCGUAAACGUUGUUCAACCUCAUCAAGGAACACGACGUCGUCGACGGAAUGGGUUAGGAAGGGUACUCAGGAACUUUGUGGGAACUCUUUUCGGUUGAUUUGAAAAUCAAAAUAUAGGAUUAAUGUACUAUUCUGUAAAAUCCUGUUAUAACUGACGACAUAGCCGGUUACACAGCACCAAUUGCUUUCUCGGGCAAGGAGUGAGUUUUUAGCAUUGUGUUAUUUCUUGAUAAGAAAGUAUUGUGAAUAUAAUAAUAACCAUAA